GACAAGCGCCUGGAGACCACCUUGCAGUACCUCCAUGCGGAGGUCAACGUCCAGCUGCAGAGCCGUCAGGACGCCUUGGAGGCGGCCGAAGACGCCUGUGCCCUGGCCGAGGAUUUGCAGGACAAGAAGGAGGAGGGCGACGCUGAGUGUUUGUUGUUCUCCCUGCUGGCCCGUGGCACCUUGGACCGACCCUCCCUGCUGAAGGGACUGAAGUCUGCUACCAAAGCCCGAGAACUUUAUCAGAAAGCUCAGUACAGGCUUGGGGAAGCAAAGGCCUUGGUCCAUAAGGCAUCCAUCCUGGGCGUGGACUCAGCUCCAACCAGCGCCGAGGAGAUGUUGAGCGUGGCAGCAGAGGCCCAUGACAUCUUCGAGGAGCAGGAGCACAUCGGAGGACAAUCCGCGGCGCUGCAGUUGGUCGCGGAGGCUCAGUUGGCCAAGGAGAACUUUGACGAAGCGGCGUCGGCCGCCAAGGAUCGCCGGGCCAUUUGGAAGGCGCGGCCGCGCGGCCGUUGA